CGUUGAUGAGAAGAUUGGCCAGCUUCCAUCAGGCGCUGAUCGCAUAUGCCUUAAACAGGACGCUUAGCCGUUUUCAAUAUCGCAGCCACGUCCUGUUGCGUUGGAGAAAAGUGUGAUGUUAGAGAAAGCCAUACAGCAGAUGAUAUCCAGCGAUCUGGUAGAGCCAAUUAACUGUUCAGACUGGUUGCGUCCCAUGGUCACGGUCUUAAAGAAGGACGGUACUGUGCGCAUAUGCAAUGAUUUAAAAGAGUUGAAUAGUCAGCUUAUCAUCGAAAAUUUCCCUCUUCCUACAUUCGAUGAAUUGCUAGUCAAGAUUACUGGCGCCCGAUUUUUCUCAAAACUUGACCUGAAGAAGGCUUUCUUCCACAUGCCAUUAACACCAGAAUCGAGACCACUAACGGCUUUCCCAACAUCGAGCUGUCUGUUCCAGUACACAGUUUUACCAAUGAGGCUCAGCUCUGCUCCCGUAGCUUGACACGAGUUCAUGAAUCACACACUAGCAGAUCUACCGGGACAUGUCGUUUACAUGGAUGAUAUUUGCGUUUUCGUGCCAUCAAGAUAAGAG